AUGAGAAGGAGACGCGAUUUAGACCCUAAAGCACUAGAGGAAAAAGCCAAAGAGAAGCUUAGCCUAGGAGGAUGGCACUACGCAUCCUCCAAUGCAGGCCUCUCCACAACCCACUCCGUCAACCGUCAAGCCUUCAACCGACACCGCAUCAUCCCCUGGAUGCUCAUCGACACUAAUCUGCGCGACACCACGACCGAAAUAUGGGGUCACAAAGUCUCUGCCCCCAUCGGUUUUGCGCCUAUCGGCAUAAACGCAAUCUACAAUCACGAAGCUGAGAGACCAGUCGCCAAAGUCGCGGGUGAGCUCAAUCUUCCGUACUGUCUGUCAACAGCGGGGAGUACGCCGAUUGAAGAAGUCGGCGCUGCGAAUGACAGUGGCGGAAAUGGGCCACGGUUUUUCCAGCUUUAUAUGCCCCAUGAUGAUGAAUUGACGCUGUCGCUGCUCAAUAGAGCCUGGAACUCUGGGUUUGACGCCCUAAUUCUCACGACAGAUACGUGGCAAUUAGGCUGGCGACACGACGACGUCGCGAACUCUAACUAUGCAUUCUACCGCGGCAUUGGUGCUGCAUUGGGUCUGAGUGACCCCGUCUUUCAGAAAAGAUGUCGCGAGAAAGGUAUCGACAUUGAGAAGGAUCCAGUGGCUGCAUCGACGCUCUGGAUCGAUUCGAUUUGGCAUGGGCGAGCGUGGUCGUGGGACAAAUUGCCAUGGUUGAUCGAGCAGUGGAAAAGAAUAUCUGGCGGAAGGCCGUUUGCGCUUAAGGGGAUUCAGUCGGUUGCUGAUGCGAAGAAGGCGGUUGAAUAUGGCGUAGAUGGUAUAGUGGUUAGCAAUCAUGCCGGUAGACAGGUCGAUGGCGCUAUCGCAAGUCUCGACGCAUUAGAGAACAUCGUCGAUGCCGUCGGGGACAAGACGUACAUCAUGUUUGAUUCCGGGGUCCGAGGAGCAAGUGAUGUAGUCAAGGCAUUAGCUCUUGGCGCAAAGUUUGUGUUUGUUGGGAGACUGUGGGUUUGGGGAUUGAGUAUCAUGGGCGAGGAAGGAGUGAGGCAUGUCAUGAAGUCGCUGCUCGCGGAUUUUGAUAUUUUUAUGGCUGUAGCCGGGUUUACGAGUGUGAAUGAGUUUGAUCGGCCUAUUCUUGAGUCGUACCCAAAGUCUUACAGCAUACCUGAGUGA